AUGGCUACGCCCUAUCUCCUGAUCCUUCUCUUCUUCUUCGCGUCGCCUGAUUCUUCUCAUGUCGUCGCAGCUGCAGAUUUCGUGCCGCCGGUUUCCUUCAGCUUCAACUUCUCCAACACAUCCGAGUAUCACCUAGAUGACCUGAACUUCCUCGACGACGCAGAGAAACCGGUCGACGGGGUGGUGGAGCUCACGAGCUGCACCGCCCGCUGCCAGGGCCGGAUGUCGUACAAUCGUCCGGUGCUACUCUACCGCAACAACAAGAACAACACGGGCGUCGAGGUGGCCAGCUUCGCCACGAGGUUCACCUUCGCCAUCGAGCCCAUCGGCGGCGGCUGCCAAGGGGAAGGCAUGACUUUCUUCCUGGCCAGUUACCCGUCAGUCAUGCCGCGCAACGCAGACGGGGGAGACCUCGCCCUCAUCGACGGUGACACCGAUAUUGCCCAGGGCAGAGAUCGUUUCGUCGCCGUCGAGUUUGACACGUACAACAGAUCGACCUACGACCCAGCCGGAAACCACAUCGGCAUCGACUUAAGCUCCGUCAAGCAUUCCUUUAGAACGGCACUCCUGCCCUCGAGCCUCAACGGGAGCAUGACGGCCGACAUCACUUUUAACAGCAGCUCAGGAAUGCUGGUCACUUCCCUGUGGCUCCAUGACCAUCCUAAUUCUGCUAAUAAUCCCUUCCAAGUCACUGCGCAGCUGCCCAAUUUGGUCACCUUGCUUCCGGGGCCGGAGGUGGCCGUGGGGUUUUCUGCAAGCACCGGAGAUUGCAAGGAGAAGCAUCUGCUAAAGUCAUGGUCAUUCAACUCAACUCUCGCUCCUAUCCCACCAGAUGGACGCAAGAAACUGGUAACAAUUGUUGGAGGAGUGAUAGGAGGAACUAUUGCGUUAGUGUUCCUGUCUUGGUUGAUGUACUCGUGCUGGCAGCAGAAAAGGAUUCGAAACACUUUCAACAAAGGCACAGGCGGCACCAGGCGGUUCGACUACCGCGAUCUGGCCGCCGCGACUGACGAUUUCUCUGAGGAUCGCAAGCUUGGGCAGGGCGCCUUUGGGGCAGUGUACCGCGGAGAGCUGAAACAGCUCGGCCAUCAUGUUGCUGUGAAGAAAAUAGUGAGGGAGUCCAGCGAAGGGCAUAAGGACUUCUUCGCCGAAGUCUGCACAAUCAACGAAGCCAAGCACAAGAACCUCGUCAGAUUUUUUGGUUGGUGCAGCCGUGGAUACAGCUGGUGGAAUAUCUUCCGUUUGAUGUGCAGCUGUUUCUGGAGUGACAAGAACAACGAUCUCUUCCUUGUCUAUGAGUGGAUGAAAAAAGGCAACCUGUACGAUUACUUGUACAAGAGCGAGGAUGCAGAGGUACUGUCAUGGCAAACAAGGUACAAAAUAGCCAAGGGCAUUGGGUCAGGUCUACUCUACCUACAUCAUGAGCAUGACCCAUAUAUCUUACAUAGAGAUAUCAAACCAGCCAACGUACUAUUGGAUGACAAUUUCAAUGCUAAGCUCGCCGAUUUUGGUCUGUCAAGAGUGGCAAGCCCAGACAAUGCAACCAUGGAGACAACUGCCAUAGGCUCACAGGGGUACCUUGAUCCACAGUGCAUGAAACAUGGCAAGGUUAGUUUCAACCGUAGCUCGGAUGUGUACAGUUUCGGCAUCGCCCUUCUUGAAAUAGCCUGUGCGAGGAGACACAGGGAGCAGAUCUGGGACUUGUACCGGAGGGGCGGUGAUGUUAUCGAGGCGGCGGAUACAAGGUUAGCCAUUGGUGGUGGCCAUGAUAGGACAGAGAUGAAGCGUGUCAUAGUGCUGGGGCUCUGGUGCUCCGCCUUGGAGACUCAACACCGCCCUUCCAUGAGCCAAGCAAUGGAUGUCCUGGAGCGUGGGGCGCCAUUGCCUAACCUUAACUUCAUCGUCAACUCUACCGUGGCUUCUUCACUACCAGGCCAAGAUUACGACUCCACUGCGUCGGCUGGCAAUGGCUAUGAUGGCGAUGAGGCACCAGGCAACUCUUCUACGCACAGAGCUGUCCCAUAGCUGGGACAAAAAUUCAAUCAGCCUUCCAUCGCCAGGACGUACUUCUUCGACUACAUCAUGUAAUUAAGCAGCCACCCACGCAUGCUUGGUCCUUGCAACACAACAGCUGCUGAUGCCAUGUUAUAUUCUCAUGUUCAUCAAGUUAUCCUGCGAUUGCCUUUUCAACUUACUUGUAUGUCUGUAACACUUCAUAAAGUAAUAAACUGCAUAUAUUUCCAGUGUAUCUGCUUCAACUUAUCUAUGUACCAAAUACAAUUGUAAUUCCCCAGUUUCAUAAUA